AUUACUCCUUUAUUGUUGACAAUGCUGUGCCUAUUUGCUACACUCUUCCUCCUUUUACUGUCGUCUUGCCCGCUUUGACCUUGCUUCGUGGAAGAAUUUCUUUUUAAACCCCCUUCCAUCCUUAUUUUUCUUGCUACACUCACCUCCCUUCUACUCUUCGCUCUUCUCUUUCAAAAAGUCUCACCUUAGUUUCUUCUCACUUGAAAGCUUUUCUUCAAUUUCGCCAGAAGCAUGUCUGCCAGAAAGAACAGAGAACCUGCCAUGUAUACGUUAACAGCAGGGGCCGUAGCAGGAGCUGCUGAGGCCAUUAUAACCUAUCCCACAGAAUUCGUUAAAACUCAACUUCAACUUCAGGAUUGUGGUGUUGCAUCAGCUCGCAACGGUGGAGUAAAAUUCAAAGGACCUUUGGAUGUUCUGGUGAGGACAGUACAGACUCAAGGCAUCACUGGUAUCUAUCGAGGAUUAUCUGCAUUAGUUAUUGGGACAGCAGCGAAGGCUGGUGUUCGUUUCUUUGCAUUCGAUCAAUUCCGAGAGCGGCUCAAGGAUUCACAAGGCAGGGUCACAGGAGCACGGUCCGUUCUUGCUGGACUCGGCGCAGGAAUGACAGAGGCCAUUCUGGUAGUUACCCCUACAGAAACGAUAAAGACCAAACUGAUCCAUGAUGGGAACCUUCCUAGUCCUCAAUAUCGGGGCCUUAUUCAUGGUGUCAAAUGUAUUGUGCGGGCUGAAGGAUUUGGAGGAAUCUACCGCGGCGUAGUGCCUGUGAUGGCACGACAAGGAGCAAAUAGUGCAGUGCGCUUCGGUGUGUACUCAUAUUUGAGCGACCUUGCAAAGACUAGCCUAGGUAAUAAGGGACAGCUUCCUACAACGCAUGCGUUUGCAAUUGGAGCGGUAGCAGGUAUUGUUACUGUUUAUACAACUAUGCCGCUGGAUGUGAUCAAGACCAAGAUGCAAGGUUUGAGGGCGACGGAACUUUACGGUGGUGCAUUCGAUUGUGCUUGGAAGGUGCUCAAGAACGAAGGCGUCCUAGCGUUCUGGAAAGGUGCUACACCACGAUUGGCGCGAUUAUCAGUAGGUUGAGUUCAUUUCAUUUUGUAGCGUUGGAAGACAGAGCACAAAGGGAUGGUGACCCUGUCAAUUCUGCUCUAAUCUCAACAAGUGAUACAAAAGGAUAAAGUAUUGGACGGCUCUUUGCUAAAAUCUUACGGGAAAGAAAAAGUUUAACAAUCCUUUGUUUGAUAUCAUUUUUUUAUUUUGC